CAGCUACAGCGAGAAUCGAAAAGAAAUAAAUAGUGAUAAGUGAGAAGCAAAGUGAAGGUUGUGAGACAGAGAAGAUGGAAAACAGCGAGGGAAGGGAAAUCCAAAGCAAAGACUACGCGCUCAGCGGCAAGAUAAUGCUAAUCGCCAUCGUCCUUCUCUUCCUCGUCAUCGUCAUAAUGCUUUGCCUCCACGUCUACGUCCGCUGCCGCAUCGUCGCCGCUCGCCGCCGCCAAUUUAUCCGGCGCGCGCCCCGCCGCCCGCAGUUCGUUUUCUACGUGGACCCGGCCGCCCGCAUUGGGCUGACGACGCGCGGCCUCCACCCCUCGGUGAUCUCGACGCUCCCCGUCUUCACGUUCUCCGAGGGCAGCGACGCCAGGGAGUGCUCGGUUUGCUUGUCGGAGUUGGAGGAGGGUGAAAGGGGUCGUGUUUUGCCCAAAUGCAAUCAUACUUUUCAUACGGACUGUAUCGACAUGUGGUUUCAGUCGCACGCCACGUGUCCUCUCUGCAGGGCCCCCGUGGAGGCCCAGCCCAAGGACCCUCUCCUUCUCUCUGCCUCUGCCUCUGCCUCUGCCUCUGGGCCUGGGCCCCAACAAGUGCUGGGGCCCAAUUCUUCUUCUUCUUCCGAGUCCCCGGUGAGUCGGAUACUAUCGUUUAAGAUAAUUCUGAGCAGAGAGAAGAAGGAAAGCGCUUCCAUCAGCGAGUUCGAUGCGGAACGGGGAGAAUGUGACUCGGCGAGUUUAACCGCUUCCCAUUGAAGGAGUUGCAGAUGUGACAUCACAAACCUCUCGACGUAGCAUGUUCAGAUAGAUACAUGAAGGAGAAUCAUAGCAACUUGCAGAUUUUUUUAUUUUUUAUUUUUUAACUUUAAAGCUUACUUUUUUUUU